AUGAAAUGGGAAAAAACCACAAAGGAAAAGGACGAAUAUGUUGUCGGAUCGCCGGUUGGCUCUAUUCUACCCUCAGAGAGGGUAAAUUUUGGGGCAGUUCGCGAGAACAUGUGCAUAAGUUUGUUCGGGACAAACGGCGAAAGCGCUCUGGAACACUUGGAUUUAAUCGCAAUGGCAUCGUUAAGGGGACUACAAAAGGAAAAGGAUAUGUCACUCCUUAAUAAUAUUAAAAAGGAGAAUAAUAAAUAUAUAAGAGAAAAAUCAAAUAACAGGGAAAGAAUGAGGAAAAAACCUACGGAAUUAAGCGACUCCUCGGAAGUAUCGGAAAAUUUUGAUAUUAGAAAACCUAAAUCACAACAUAACAGCACGGAAACGUCGCAUCGCAGGAUCAAGGUUAAUUUGCACGGUAGAGAUAACGCUGAGGACGAGAAGAUGGCAAGAGACAAGACUGCACUGGAUUAUUUAUUCGAACAAGCAGAGAUUGAAUCGCGAAAAAUGGCCGAGAUAGAGCGGAUAGAACAAUUUAGAAGGGAGCGGGAACACGCAAUAAGGAUGGCAAGGAUGAGUCAUAGGGAGAGUGAAGAUGCAGGGCACGAUGAAAUUGACUAUUUAUAUGAUGGAUAUCAGAUUCCGGAUGAUAUAUUCAAAGUUAGAUACGAAAACGAUAAUAAAAUGUAUUACUGCCCGAAGAAGAACUGCGGGAAAAAUUUUCCAUCCCUUAGCCGAGUCAAAAGGCAUUAUAUCGUGCAUACAGGAAAAAAACCGUACAAAUGCCUGAAUCCCGACUGCAAGAAAAGUUUUUCGCGGAAGGACAACAUGCUGCAGCACUACCGGAACCACUGCACGAUGUCGAGAAGAAAGCGAUUCAAGGAGUAUGAGCCGUGAUGGAGUGUAUGAUACCAUGUAUAAGACUUAAACUCUUCCAAUUUGGUGCAUGUAUACACUUAAUGUUAUGUAAUUAACCAUGACACAUAUAUAG